AGACAAAGAUCAUACAUCCAUCUAUAAAUGCAUGAAAAAACGUCCAACGGCCCAUAGAACCAAUCUUUUUUUAUAUUUGUUAAGGGGUAAGUAUUACGCUUAUACCAGUAGUAACCAAAUGGCUUCAAAUGCACCAGCCUUGAAGAGGUCGGAGACGAUAGCAGAUAGCAUGCCGGAGGCCUUGAGGCAAAGCCGGUACCAUAUGAAGAGGUGCUUUGCAAAAACUUCAGCAUUUGAUGGGGGAGAUGGAGCAAGUUAUAGACGACAAGGCCGAAAGGACUCAGUUGCUAGAAGGGUUGCUCGGAUACAUCUUGUGCACGACUCAGGAGGCAGCAGUUGUUCCUCCAUAUGUUGCCUUUGCUAUUAGGCCGUCUCCUGGAUUCUGGGAGUACGUUAAAGUGAGCGCAAACGAUCUGUCCGUGGAGGGCAUCACAGCUACCGAAUACCUGAAAUACAAAGAGAUGACAGUGGAUGAGAGCUGGGCAAACGAUGAGAAUGCAUUGGAGAUUGAUUUUGGAGUAAUGGACUUCUCUUUGCCUCACCUGACGCUAUCUUCUUCUAUUGGAAACGGGCUCAGCUACAUUUCCAAGUUCCUUACCUCAAAGCUGAAUAACAGCCCCGCGAGCGCCCAAUCUCUUGUGGAUUACUUGCUCUCAUUAGAACAUCAAGGAGAAAAACUCAUGAUAAAUGAGACCCUCAACACUGUCUCAAAGCUUCAGGCUGCGCUAAUAGUAGCUGAAGCAGCCCUGUCAUCACUGCCCAAAGAUACACCUUAUCAGAGCUUUGAGAUGAGGUUCAAGGAGUGGGGCUUCGAAAAAGGAUGGGGUGAUAAAGCCGAGAGAGUUCAGGAGACAAUGCACUCACUUUCAGAAAUACUCCAGGCUCCCGAUCCGUUAAACAUGGACAGAUUUUUUGGAAGGCUUCCUAUAAUCUUCAACGUCGUUCUUUUCUCUGUCCAUGGAUACUUUGGACAGUCCGAUGUUCUUGGCUUGCCAGACACCGGUGGGCAGGUGGUUUAUGUCUUGGAUCAAGUAGUUGCAUUGGAAGAGGAAUUACUGGGGAGAAUUAAGCAGCAAGGUCUCAAUGUGAAGCCUCAGAUUCUAGUGGUCACUCGACUCAUCCCUGAUGCUAAGGGGACUAAGUGCAAUGUCGAACUAGAACCAGUCAUGAACACAAAACACUCCCACAUCCUCAGAGUGCCGUUUAUGACCGAAAAUGGUGUUCUUCGACAAUGGGUUUCACGAUUCGAUAUCUAUCCUUACCUUGAGAAAUAUACUCAGGAUGCAGCCAACAAAAUCAUCGAAAUCAUGGAAGGAAAGCCUGAUCUGAUUAUUGGAAACUACACCGAUGGAAAUCUGGUUGCAGCCCUCAUGGCUAGUAAACUUGACACAACCCUGGGAACAAUUGCACAUGCAUUGGAGAAGACGAAGUACGAAGAUUCAGACCUCAGAUGGAAGGAGUUCGACCCCAAGUAUCACUUCUCAUGCCAGUUCACAGCUGAUUUAAUUGCAAUGAACACAGCAGAUUUCAUCAUUACAAGCACAUAUCAAGAGAUCGCCGGGAGCAAAGAUAGGCCAGGGCAAUACGAAAGCCAUACAGCGUUUACGCUUCCAGGGCUCUACAGAGUUGUAUCAGGGAUCAAUGUUUUUGAUCCUAAGUUCAACAUUGCUUCUCCUGGGGCCGACCAAUCGAUCUACUUCCCUUACACGGAGAAACAGAAGCGUUUCACAACAUUUCGUCCCGUCAUCGAAGACCUCCUCUUUAGUAAAGCUGAUAAUGCUGAACACAUUGGAUAUUUAGAAGACAAAAAGAAACCUAUUAUUUUCUCCAUGGCAAGACUUGAUAUAGUCAAGAAUAUCACUGGACUAACAGAGUGGUAUGGCAAGAACAAAAGGCUCAGGAACUUAGUCAAUCUUGUUAUUGUUGGAGCCUUCUUCGAUCCUUCAAAAUCGAAAGACAGAGAAGAAGCAGCAGAAAUAAAGAAGAUGCACAUGCUAAUAGACAAGUACCAACUCAAGGGACAGAUUAGAUGGAUAGCUGCCCAGACAGACAGGAAGCGUAAUGGUGAGCUAUAUCGUUCCAUUGCUGAUACAAAGGGAGCUUUUGUGCAGCCAGCUUUCUAUGAAGCUUUCGGCCUAACGGUGAUCGAGGCAAUGAACUGUGGCUUACCGACUUUCGCAACUAGUCAAGGUGGCCCUGCCGAGAUCAUCAUUGAUGGGGUUUCCGGUUUUCACAUUGACCCCAAUAACGGAGACGAGUCGAGCAACAAGAUUGCCGACUUUUUCCAGAAGUGCAAGGAGGAUCCUGACCACUGGAAUAGGAUCUCGCUCCAAGGGCUGCAACGUAUAAACGAAUGCUACACAUGGAAGAUAUAUGCAAACAAAGUUCUGAACAUGGGCUGCACCUAUAGCUUCUGGAGGAGGUUGUACAGAGCGGAGAAGCAAGCCAAGGGGAGAUAUAUUCAGACAUUCUACAAUCUUCAAUUCAAGAGCUUGGUGAAGAAUCUUACUGUUAAAACGGACGAAACUCCACAGCAAGAACCACAGGAGAAACCAAAGCCACAGCCCUCACGAAGGCGCUCGGGUUCCACAUUGCAGAGGUUGUUCGGAGCUUGAACCAUUUGAAAAAAGCCGAAGCCGAAUAAAGAUCAGAACAGGGAGAGCAGCAUCCAUGAAAUGAACUGGACUCUGAAUACCGUUCAUUUUGCAGUUUCUACAGAAGAUUGUGCCGUAAAAACAUGCUAACAGAUGAUGAUAUGUAACUAUGAAAAAAAUACAAAAGAAAAUGAUGAAUAAGAAACUGUUGUCUGGUUUUAGACCAGCCAAGUCCAAUACACAAAUUCGCAUGUACUUGAUGUGAUUGUACUCUUAUUACAAAAUAAACAUCGGUCUUAACAAUA